UGACCCUGCUGAAGUUCAAGCAAGGGUUCUACCUCACUUAAUAAGAAGUUUUUGUUCCCGCUACCCUUCCCAAAAGAAAUUCUCUUGACUUUGCAAUUCCCGUUCAGAUUUAAGUAACAUAAUUUUACUGGACUGCCGUGAAGGAGGACUCGCUAAAACGUCAUGUUUAGUGACCUUUAAAGAUCCCCAACAACAAUGGAGGUCAACAUUGACUUCCUUCCCAAUGAAGUUUUGCUGCUAAUAUUACGGUUUCUCUCCAGCCAAGACUUGUUCUCAGUGUCGUGUGUCAGCAACAGAUUCAGCUGUCUAGUAAACGACAGGAAAAUAGUCAGGUAUUUAGACUUGAGAAAGGUCUACAGUCGUACAACAGACGAUUUCAAGACCUUCUUCCUUCCACGUUUAAGAUGCCGGAAUAUAGAGCAUAUCAAUUUAGACCAUGUGUACUGGAUCAGAUUGCCAAGUUUUGUGGUGAAGCUGAAAAAUCUGAACUCGCUCCAUAUGCUAGGAACACCUUUGACGUUUUUACAACUGAAAUGGAUUCUCACAUCUUGUACAAAGCUUCAAGAUCUCUCUAUCAGUUGGCCGGAUGACAUGGAAUCAGACAAUGCAAAGCAGUGGGUGGGAGGGUUCAGUGAGGUGAAGACUGUACUCAGUGAACUCAAAACUUUGAAGAUAAUGAUAUAUGCUAACCCCAUGCCACUCUUGGAGCUUCUUAUCCACUGUACCGGCCUUAAAAAAUUGGUUAUCAUCAAUCAUCAUGCACGCAAGUUCUUCAGCGCUCCCAGGAUAUUUUCCGAUAAGGAAUACACUUUGAACUUUCCUCAUCUACAAGAGUUGAUAAUUGAUCAUUUGGACGGCAGCUUUCCACUCUACCUGCUGGCGGGUCUUCUCCUUAAAAUAUCGGAGGGUUGCCAGAGCUCUGCUGAUUGGGAGACUUUUUGGACUAACACUCCAGUUUACAUUAACGGAAACACAUUUGAUAAUGUUGCUGUCAUCCAGAAGUGCUCAAGAGUGUUCCUCACACUGACACCACAGAUUUGGGACAUGUUGUGCAAGGCUGGACCUCUUCAUAAUUUAAAAGAACUGUUAGUUACUGGUCAGGCUCCUCGCAGCAUCAACCUCACCUCCAUCAUACGUUCCUGUCCCAAUCUCAAGAGUAUGAAUAUCAUGUGUGGUCUCAACAUAACACUGGAUAUGAAGAAAUUAUGUGAACUGCAACCAAAACUGGAGAGACUUAGCAUAUGUUGUCAUCCUGAGCAAGGACCACCCAAGAUCGUUGAAGGCAUCGCAACACUGCGUCAUUUAACACAUCUCACAGUACCCGUGUGUGCCCUUAUAGAAAUUCGACACACUAAGAAAUCCUGCAUUACCAAGGCAGAGAACUUAAUCACCGUCGGAUUUAAACGCAAGAGAGUUGGCGUCCCCAGUACAAGUAAUUUGGAAGAAGUUGAAAUAGCUGCCUUCAACUUGGUUUUUGAAAACUGUCCAAUGAUCACAAUGCUAGAAAUUGGAUUUAAUACAAGUACAUCAUGCAGUCCAGCUAAAGUUCACUGGGAGUGUCUGGAAAACAUGAAGAAGCUCAAGAGGCUGACACAUCUUACACUCGAUGGUAUCCCUAUAACCAACGGGUUAUUUUUAAUUGAGAUAGCCCAAGGAUGUCAGGAGUUGAAAUUUCUUCGUUUGAAGCAUUUAGGACCUUCAGGGAAAUGCUGUUACCUGGCUCACUUUUCUCAGGCACUGGCACACUGUAGAAACCUUGUUAAUCUCAGGAUCGAGCAAAACUACCUUGCUUCUGGGACGGCCUUGUUCAAAUCUUUGCAAGGUUGUGAGAAGCUUGAGAGAGUGUUUAUUCACUCUGAGAGAGACUCGCAAAGUUUUGACAUUCCUGCCAUAGACAGCUUCAUCGAGAAGCAAGCAAACCUAGUGUUCGUCUUCAUUGUCGGUAGUCAGACGCCCAAAAACAAGUGUGCAAAACUCACAAGAAAGUACAAAAAUUCAUUCCGUCCAGCUCUUGUUGUAUGCAUCCGCAGUGCUCUGUGGGACGUCUUCGACGACAAAAACACAGAGAUUCGAACAAUACCCGUGUGCCACUACAAUGAAAUGAUUACGUUUAGAAGUUGGACUUACGAUGCUUUCACUUAAUGCGAACUCACUAAAUGAACAUGUACAAAUUUUGUUAAGUAUGUUGGUCAUCGUUUUGAGGUCAAUUUAUACUGAAUUAUAUUUAUAAUUCUUGUGGUGUCUCGCUGUAAAAUAUUCUUUAUACAGUAUUAUUUAAAGUAAGUUAAAAAAAAUCUAUUAAAUAUAUGUAUAGAUUUAUAGAUGCUAGAGAGCAUUCACAAUGAAUUACUUAAAAUAUAUAAUUAAUGUUAGUAGGAUUUUUCAAAAGUUUAUUAUUAGUAGUACUUUCAUGGAGAAAUGCUAAACUCAUAGGGGGUUACAUAAUACUUGAGGGAUGGGAGGUGAAGAAGCUCGAUCAAAGAAAAAGGAGUGUGGCUUUAAUUCAUUUAAUCAGAGGCUCUUUCAUCGUCACUUCAUUCUUCUAGAAGUUCAAUUUUAAAUUGAGAAUGCAGUGGAAAGUGAUCUCUGGGGCCAUGUGUAGUAGAGUGUUGUUACAGGUGAUGUUAUGAAUGUUGUUUGAAUAUCUGGGCACUGGACUCUUGAGAAUAAAAAGUACACAAGCUGUGAGUAAUGGGAGUAAUGUAGAUCUUCUACAAGUAAUGUAGAUCUUCUGCAAGUAAUGUAGAUCUUCUACAAGUAAUGUAGAUCUUCUGCAAGUAAUGUAGAUCUUCUACAAGUAAUGUAGAUCUUCUGCAAGUAAUGUAGAUCUUUUACACGAAGAAGAUUAAUGAAUUAGACAUAUAUACAAAACCUGGGUAUCUUUUUUUUUUCUUUUUAUCAAACCGGCCAUGUCCCACCGAGGCAGGGUGACCUAAAAAGAAAAAUGAAAGUUUCUGUUUUUAACUUUUGUAGCUUAAACAGGAGAAGGGGUUACUAGCCCCUUGCUUCCGGCAUUUUAGUCACCUCUUAUGACACGCAUGGCUUACAGAGGAAGAAUUCUGUUACACUUCCCCACGGAGAUAAGAGGAAGUAACCAGAACAAGAACUAGUAAGAAAAUAGAAGAAAAUCCAGAGGGGUGUGUAUAUAUCUGCCUGUACAUGCAAGUGUAGUGUGACCUAAGUGUAAGUUGAAGUAGCAAGAUGUACCUGAAAUCUUGCAUGUUUUGAGACAGAAAAAAGACCCCAGCAAUUCUUCCAUCAUAUAAAACAAUUACAGGCUUCCGUUUUACACUCGCUUGGCAAAACAGUAGCACCCUCCUGGGCAGUUGCUGUCUGCCAACCUACUACCUAGGACCUGGGUAUCUGUGCUAUUUAAAAAGAUACCCAGAUGUUGCACCUGUGUCUCAUUCAUCAAUUUUUCAGUAAUGUACACUACUAAUAUACUGAAUAAGGUUGUACGUAGUCCAAACAAGGCAUCAUUGAUUACACUUUUUUUUUUUUUACAUUCAUGAUAGUAUCAAAUCUGGGUUUGUUAUAAGGUCGUCACUAUGUUCCCAAGAGCUCCAUUCGCUUGAGAGCACUGUGGGUUAUAGUUGAUGAUUAUUAUAGUUAUGGACAAAGCUCUGAAGCUGUAGGGGGUCAUUUAAUGCUGUGUAGAUUGGUAGGUAAUCAAGUUUUACUGAAGGAAGGGAAGAGUGGCUCUAAUUCUUUGGAACAAAAGGUACAUUACCAUGACUGGGUUACCAUGAGGCCUGGUCAUGGACUAGGCCAUGGGGGCGUUGACCCCCGGAACACCUUCCAGGUAUUCCAGGUACAGUUGGAACCUCUGGUCACGACGAUAAUUCAUUCCAAAACUCUGGUCGUGACCUGAUUUGGUUGUGUUCCAAACCUAAUUUCCCCAUUGGAUUGUAUGUAAAUACAGUUAAUCCGUUCCAGAUCCCUAGGAACUGUAUGUAAAUAUUGUUUUUUUUAAGAUUUUUAAACACAAAAAUAGUUAAUUAUACCAUAGAAUACACAGUAUAAUAGUAAACUAAAUGUGAAAACCUUGACUAACACUGAGAAAACCUUGAACAACAGAGAAAACUAACAUUGCACGAGUCCUAAGAGUUUUAAGCAUCUAAUGGCUGAGCAGUGAACUCCGUUAUUUGCCGCCUGAUUUCUUUCAAUUUUGGUGUAUGUUAAAAAUUAUCUUUCCAUCAUACAUUGCCCAAGUUUUAAUAAGAUAGCCUAACAAACAACUGAGAAAAAAUAGACAGUUUCUCCUCACUUAACAACGGAGUUCCAUUCCUAAGACCAUGUCAGUAAAUGAAUUCAUCACUAAGUGAGGAGCAUACUAUUAUGGUAGUGGGUUUCUGUCAGCUAUCUUUGAUAUUGUUUUAAUGUCACCUUCUCACCAUUUGUAACAUUUGUGGUAUAUUUUUAAAUGUUUAUACAGUAGUGUACUGUAUAUUGUAAUAAACAGAACAAAGGAAAUCAGCUCUAGUAUUCAUUAUUUAGGCAUGCAUACUGGUCAGAGAGCCUGUUGUAAGUCCGAGGUGUCGGUAAAUGAGUAACAAUGAUGCGGACUGUGAAAAUUGGCGUGGCUGUGUUUGUUCAGCACCCGAUUAUGUGUUCAUGACCAGACGCAAAAGUUUGCAGAAUUUUUUGGUCGUGAACCAAUUUGUUUGUGUUCAGAAGCAUUCGUGGCCAGAGGUUCCACUGUUUACACAAAUAACCUGCACAUAGGAGAAAGAAAUUUAUGACAACAUUUUGAUCUGACUUGGACCACUAACUAGUCACACUGUGACUAAUUAAUGGUUCAAGGCACCCCUCUAGAAUAUAUCUCUCGUUAGAACUCAGAAAUUCACAUAACACACACAUGAUCCACUAAGGCAUUCAAUCAUCAAUGUAAGAGGAAAAGGAUUUAGCCGUGCUUCUCGUAUGUUAUAGAAUGACCUUUCUAAGACUUUUUUUUUUUAAUCUUGUACUUUUUGACAUAACUUUCAUAGUUUUCUAUUAAUUUUUAAAAUUGAGUCCAAACAGUCUUUGUUCCUACUUAUGAGUUUUUACAAAUGAUUGGGAAACACUGUCCCCCAAGUUGAGAACUCCACUGUUUCUGAUUCCAGUUCCAUUAUUUCCUCGGAGAGGAGGGCUCUCUAAUUGGUUAUCUGAAGAUGAUGAAAAGUUUCUCUGUUGGCUAGAAGCAGCAACAACAAUUUCAUGUGUCUUGAUUAGAUUCUAAAACCUACAAAAGUCACUGUAGAUAUGGGCUCCACAUAGGGCUUAUUCUUCAGAGUCCAGGCACUGUAUUUUCCACCUCCAGGACUUGGUUCCAGCUAACCAGUUUCCCUGAACUCCUUCAUAAAUCUUCAUAUUCUUGAUACAGAGCCAGAAUUUGUGCUUAAUUUUCUGAGUCAUGGAAGGAAGAUGCUCUUUCUGUGUGGUAUUACAGGAACUCCACAACUAAUAAAUUAAUUAUUAUAUUGAUAUGGAAGCACUGAACAAACAGAUGAGUUUCUCCCUUUUAAAAUUAUUUGCAACCUGAGUGUUGCUCAUUCUGAAUCGAUUUGAUUGUCACAUACACUCAUUUUGUUGAUGAAAUUGCAUUUCAACAGUAAUUCUGUACUUUGUAUCUUAACUGGUGGUGGUAGUGUAGUAAUUAGUAGUUAGCAGCAGUAGUAGUUGUAGUAGUUGUAGUUGAGAAUGAGACACGUUCAACAUUUGGGUAUCUUUAUUAUGGAAAUGUUUGGCCAGUCAGGGGCUUCAUUACUCCAAAUGUUUCCAUAAAAUUACCCAAAUGUUGCACUAGUGUCUCAUUCUUCAACUUGUAAGAUUUCUAAAGCAUUUAUAUAGUAAUAGUUGUUGUUAAUAGUAGCAGCAGAUAGUAGUACUAGUAGGACUAGUGGCAGAAUAAAAAAAAACAUUCUGAACAUUAUACAUGGAAACAGUGCAGUAAUUUAAAAAGACCAUUGUUUGUAUAGCAUUUGGGUAACCUUAGGAAUAAAACCAAUUUAACACUAAAAUGGUUAUGUAUUACAAGUAAAUUGUUUGAAUACUAAAUUUAAUACAAUAUGAUAUGAAGAGAGAAUAAUCUUGACUGCACUGACAAUAUUGAUUAUAAUUAUUAAUGGGUGGUAGAAAUAUGGCGGUGACAGUAGCACAUGAGGACAAGUGCUACUCAAGUUUAGAGAAUAUGGUUACAGAGGCUGUGUUUAAUGUUUACAAUCACUUAACAUAGCACUUUCAUCAGAUUUAAGGCACUUUUAAGAAAAUCAUUGAAGCAGUUGUAAUAAUGUUUGUAAAAUUACCAACAAUGUGUUAGGUAAAAGGACACAAGGGCAACUAAUUCAACAUUUUAUUGUGGCAACGUUUUGCUCUCCAGGGGCUUGACAAAGCUCCUUUAGAGUGAAACGUUGCCACAAUAAAAUGUCACAUUAGUUGCACUUGUGUCCUUCUACCUAACAUUGAAGCAGUUGGCAGAUGGUGAACUUUCUGCAUCUUCAGGUAGUGUGUUCCAUACUUUUGGGCUUUUUAUCUUCCUGGAGUUUCUAAGCAGGUUGAGUCAAACAAGUGGUAUAUCAAAGAGACAUUUGAUUCUUGUACUGUCUGUGUUAUGUUGCAGAUCCUCAGGGGGGGGGGAUGAGGUAGAUAUAGUACGAGUAUCAUGUAUACAGAGAGAAUGGACCUAGUAGUGACCAGUGAAGAGGUGGGGCCAAGAGCUGAAACUCGACCCCUGCAGCCACAAUUAGUGAGUAUAAUUAGAUGAGUACAGUGUUCAUAGUUGUAAAUGUGGAAUUUUUUUUGUAUGUUAGUAUAUAUGUUAAUAAGAACUAAUAUAAAGUAAAUAAUUCAGAAUAAUUAUAAUUAAUAAUUUGGAAUUUUAUAAUUCUUGAAAGCCUGUUCUUUAAGGAAAUUCACAAGCCUUAUCUUUACCUUUGAAAAGUUUCGAGAGUUUCACUACUCUCUGAGCCUGGCCAUGGGCUAGGCUUGUCUGGUGCUUGCCUGGUCAACCAGGCUGUUGCUGCUGGAGGCCCACUGCCCCACAUAUCCAUCACAGCCUAGUUGAUCUGGUACCUGGUGAAGAUACUUGUCCGGUUUCCUCUUGAAGGCUUCUGUACUUGUUCCAGCCAUGUUUCUAAUAUCUUCUGGUAAGAUGUUGAAUAGUCAGGGACCUCAGAUGUUGAUACAAUGUUUCCUUAUUGUCCCCACCACACCCCUGCUCCUUACUGGGCUUAUUUUACACUUCCUCCCAUAUCUCUCACUCCAGUAUGUUGUUAUGGCAGUGUGCAGAUUUGGGACCAAGCCCUCGAGUACUUUCCAUGUACGUAAUGUUAUCAUAUACUAUCUCUCUUUCCUCCACUCCAGUGAGUACAUGUUCAAGACUGGAAGGCAUUCCCAUUAAUUUAGGUGCUUUACUAGCUCAAUGUGAACCGUUAACAAUCUCUGUAUUUGUUCCAGCUCUGAUAUUUCUCUUCCUUUGAAUGGGGCCAUCAGCACUGAGCAAUAUUCUAAAUGAGGGAGCACUAGCGAUUUGAAGAGUGUCACCAUCGGCAUUAUUUCUCUUGUUUUGAAAGUUCUCAAUACCCACCCCAUCAUCUUCCUGGCUGUCGUGAUCUUUGUCUUGUUAUCACCUUUAAAAGAAAGGUCAGCUGACAUAAUUAUUCCCAGGUCUUUUAUGUGUUCCUUUCAUUCUAUACAUUUGGUGACCCUCUCGAGUUUUGUAUAUAGUGCUUCUUUUGAGUUCUUCAUUCUUUCCAUACUUAAGCAGCUGGAACCCAUCACCAUUGAACAUCAUGUUGUUCUCCACUGCCCACUGGAAAACCCUGCUUAUGUCAUCCUGUAAUUUAUCAGUGUCCUCUACCAUAGUGACUUUCAUACUUAUUUUAAUGUCAUCUGCAAAUGAUGAUACAAAUGUGUGAAAGGUGUUUUUAUCUAUGUCUGCUAUGAGGAUGAGAAACAGCAGAGGUGCCAGUAAAAGUGCCUUGGGGCACUGAGAUUUUGACCUCGCUGAUGCUGGAACUUGCUCUGUUCACUACUACUUUCUGUGUUCUGUGUUAGGAACCCAAAAAUCCAUCUGCCUACUUUCCUUGUAAUGCCCAUGACCCUUAUUUUGUGCUCUAUCACUCCAUAAUCACAUUUGUCAUACGCCUUUGCAAAAUCUGUGUAAAUCACAUCUGCACUUUGGUCGUCUUCCAAUGCCUCCAUAAUUCUGUCAUAAUGGUUCAGCAGCUGUGACAGGCAUGAUCGUCUUGCUCUAAAACCAUGCUGGUUCAGGUUAUGCUGGUUGUGCUGGUCCAUGAAAUUUGUAAUCUGCUGUCUCAUCACUCUUUCAAAGAUUUUUAUGAUGUGAGAAGUUAGGGUUACUGGUCUGUAAUUUUUAGCUAGUGCUAUACUACUUCCCUUAUGCAAAGGAGCUAUAUCUGCAGUCUUUAAGGCAUCUGGCAUUUCUCCUAGAUCUAAUACUCGUGCUAGUGGGACUUUGCACUUCUUUAUAAAUAGAGCAUUCCAUGAAUCUGGUCCAGGUACUGAGUGAUUGGGCAUGUUGUCCAUUUCUUUUUCGAAAUCUAUGGGAUUUGUACUAACAUCAGUUAGUUGGUCUGUGAGGCCUUCUGCCAGAGUGAAAAAUUUUUCGGGUUUUUU